CUCUAUUUGCGUUGCGUGUAGAGUACUCACAGGACAUGCAGUUUCCUGAGUGCUGAUCCGUAGGAGCAUCUGGCCAACACCAUCAUCCAUUGUGAUUCGCCUUUGCCAAGAGUGCCUGCUACUUUAUGAUAGGCAUUUCGCUCCACUCACACGAACACACUCCGCAAGAUGCCAGGCUAUUACCAGUCCCUCGAGGACCGAUUCGAGUCUCGUUUUUACGUGACGCCGCGCGACACGCCACCUUCUCGACCUAAUGCAGAGCCCACCUCGCGAAGGUAUCGAUACUUCUACGGCUUUCCACCCCAAGCAGCACCAGGCCGACCACAUUUGCUCUUCUGUCACGGUUUCCCUGAUGCUCAAUCCUUCCUUCGCAUCCUCACACCCUUUGUCCUUGCGGGAUUUCAUUGCGUGGCACCGGACAUGCUCGGAUAUGGAUUGACUAGCAGACCGUCCAUAGAGAGGAUUGCAGAGUAUGGAGCGGGCGCGCAGGUCAAGGAUCUAGUGGGACUUAUGGAAUCACUCAUUGGCACCAAGGACAAGUUUGUCGUCAUUGGUCACGACUGGGGCGCAUACAUUUCCUGGUUUUUUGGAGUACAUGCGCCAAGCAAGAUCGCAGGCAUUGCGGGCCUGUCGGUGCCAUUCACGCCCACAUUGCUGACCAGCGAGCUGCCAGACUUCGAUGAGUUGUUGAAACGUGUGCCAUCCUUCGGCUACCAAGCCUUCUUUGCGGAUCCCAAGAGCACCAAAAUUGUCGAGAACAAGAUCGAGACCUUUACGGCGAUUGCAUUUAUCCAGCCUAGAAAGCUUGCAGGCACUCGAUGGGGCAAAUCGCUCAACCUCAUGCCGAAAGGCCGCUUUGAGCAAUUUCUCACCACGCCUCAAGAUCCGGCGCUGGAACGGACUGUCAAGGAGUCCAGCUUGAUCCCGCCUGGAUCGGAAGAAUGGGAGCGCGCUCUGCGGUACUUUGACCCUCGACGAGGCGGCACGAUUGAUGGAGGACUCAAUUACUAUAGAUGUCGCCAAGUCAAUUGGGAAGAGGGCAAAGCUCUGAGAUCUCAAAAGCUGCCCAAAGGCCCAGCAUAUCUGCUCAUCAUGUCCACGCACGACGCAGCUCUGCCCGCCUCGCUUGGGUCUAAAAUGUCCAAGCAUCUGGAGGAUCCUUCCGCCUUGACGACGCACAUUGUCAAAGGUGCUGGACAUUGGAUCCAUCUGGAACAGCCUGCGCUGACUGUGCAGCUCAUUCGCAAAUGGUUGGAGACUCAAGUGGGAUGGGGUCGAGCAGGUCAUCUGUAACACGAAAAAACUCUCUACUUGGUUGCGAUUGAGACAGCAUGUCCGAGACUUGCCUGCUUCCUGCACUAUAUAUGGUGUUCAGCCUCCCCGCGCUGCAAGUGACGAGAUCCCAGCCUGACCUAUCAUAUCCGCUGUCACCGGGAAUUGUGAGUGUCUCGCGACCCAUAUGCAGUUACAAACACGAGCAAUGUCAGUGAUGUACGAGCG